CAUUCGACGAGUUUGCGAUAUUCUCCUACAAACGUCAAAAAGCUAAGACAGGAAGAAGUUUGAAAAGAGCCGUAUUCCUGUGUAAUUCAUGGUGAUUCAAAUGUAAAAUAAAAAAAAACCUAAAAUGCAUUUUCCUUGAAAAAUGUUUUAAAUGUUGAUUUGAAUUUUCAAUGUACAAUAAUCGUUAAGGCAUGUCUUCCAAAAGUGAACUCAAGAAAUUGUCAGAGGAAAGCUUAACUCGUCAACCAGAAGAAGUAUUCGAUAUAAUAUGCAAACUUGGAGAAGGGUCAUACGGCAGUGUCUACAAGGCACUGCACAAGGAAUCUGGUCAAGUCUUAGCAAUAAAGCAAGUUCCUGUAGAUACAGAUCUUCAGGAAAUAAUCAAAGAGAUUUCAAUAAUGCAACAAUGUGAUAGCCCCUAUGUCGUCAAAUAUUAUGGAAGCUAUUUCAAAAAUACUGAUCUCUGGAUUGUGAUGGAAUAUUGUGGUGCAGGUUCUGUGUCUGAUAUUAUGCGCCUCAGGAAGAAGACUCUCACAGAAGAUGAGAUAGCUACAAUUUUAUCAGACACUCUGAAAGGUCUAGAAUAUUUGCAUCUCCGUAGAAAAAUUCACAGGGACAUAAAAGCGGGCAAUAUACUCCUUAAUUCGGAAGGACAUGCUAAACUAGCAGACUUUGGUGUAGCUGGACAGCUUACAGACACAAUGGCCAAAAGAAAUACAGUAAUAGGUACACCUUUCUGGAUGGCUCCUGAGGUUAUUCAGGAAAUAGGCUACGAUUGUGUAGCAGAUAUAUGGAGUCUUGGUAUAACUGCUUUGGAAAUGGCAGAAGGGAAGCCUCCAUACGGAGAUAUUCACCCCAUGAGAGCUAUUUUUAUGAUACCUACCAAGCCGCCACCAUCAUUCAGAGAACCUGAUAAAUGGAGUGCUGAGUUUAUAGAUUUUGUUAGUGUGUGCCUUGUUAAAAACCCAGAGAAAAGAGCUAAUGCAACUGACCUCUUGAAUCAUUUUUUCAUAGGUAAUGCCAAAAAUCCGAGUAUCCUGAACCAGAUGAUUCAAGAGGCUCAUGAAAUACGAGAAACUCAAAAUUAUAGAAAUAUUUCAACAUCUGCUAAUGUAGCUGGUUUGAAACACAAUAUUACUGAAGAAUCUGAUGAAGAUGUAGCUUUAGGAAACCAAACAAUGGUGCAAUGUACAGAUGAUGGCACUUUGGUACCUGGAAAGGGUGGUACCCUACCAGACCAAAGCGGUACUUUAGUCGAAUUAGAAUCUGAACUAGGAACAAUGGUUAUUAAUAGUGAUGUAGAUGAACAAACAAUGAAAAGGCAUGCUACUGGUUCAGCCCAGGGAGCUGCAAACUACAGACCAUUAUUUCUAGCUCAGUUUGACAAGAAGGAUGAAUUGAAGGGUAACGGUGUUGUGGGUCCAACAACUUUAGAUGGUCCUGAAAUGAGUGCCGAAGAACAACAGAAAUUUCAAAGUCAUUUUCACUUGCAGUUGAAUCAGGCAAGCCCUGCUCCCCAGCAUCAACAACCUCCGCAUCAAGAUUAUAAGCCACAGUUCCAUGGGCCUUUUCCUGAUGGAGAUUUUGAGUUUCUGAAAUAUCUUAGUUAUGAAGAGUUGCAACAGAGAAUGGUUACUCUAGAUUCAGACAUGGAGAGAGAAAUAGAUGAACUGAGAAGGCGUUAUCUCAUUAAGAGACAACCAAUUUUAGAUGCAAUGGAUACAAAAAGAAAGCGUCAACAAAAUUUUUGAAACUAGAUUUUGUUUCAACUUCAUCUGCUCAUAUUAAGUACUUGCCAUUCAGAUUUGCUCGAAUACAGGGUAGCGAAAUAACUUUCAAAGAAUUCUCAUUCAGUUUGGAAAGGCCAUUCAAUUAUUCGUAGAAAGAAUGGAAUCUUGCAACAGGAAAAUAUUUGGAAUCUUCGAAAUGUUGGUGAUAGUUUUCAGAAGAUGUAAAAAUUUUGCAUCAAUGAAUUAGAGGAAGUUGAAACAUUUGUAUGAUAUAUUUUUUGAGCAAGAUGUGUAUAGAUUGUAUAGUGUUCCUAAUCUGUACUUAAUGAACUAAAAUUAAUUUUUACAUUUCCUUCAUAUUGAUUUGAUAUACAUGAUUCAAAAUAGAUUUUUUUAUUGGGGAAUCGUAUGAAUAGUUACUCACUUUCGUGUGUGUGAUUUAUUGAAAUGUUUAUUUUUUCUCUGAUAUAUAGGGUGAUUCAUCAAAGGGAUACCAAAUAUUGGACCUGAUUCUUACAAUAAAAGAAGGCAUCUUCAUCGAAUAAAGUUUUCCUCAAGCAUCAUUCUAUACACUCUCGUUUUUCUACUUUGUUUUCCUAUAAACGACUCUCAAAAUUUCUUUUCGAUGGAGUGACUUGAAUUAAUCAAAUUUAAAGAAUUUUGUAUGAUGUACUUGCCUAUAUUUAUUGGGGGAUAUUCAUAAAAUUUGGUCAAUUUAUUUGAUGAAUCAUUCUGUUCCUUUCAUGUAUCUUUUCCCCAUAAAUCUGAUCAUUUAUUUGGAAUGAUUUAUAUCAAGUCAUCGUCUUAUAUGUAAAUGAUCUGUUAGAACGUAUUUCUGCCAUAUAAUCCAAUUUUUCUUCGAAAAUUUCUUAAGGAUGAAUGAUGAUGUGUAAAUGCUCAAAAUAAAAAACUAAUUAUUGUGAAGAGUUUCCUAGUAACUUAAUUUUACGCACUAGUUAUAUAUGCCAAAGUUAUUUCAGCCCUCGAGGUAAGACUUUUGUACGGACAUUUUCUUCUGAAAUGGCGUUAAUAUUAAGGAGAUAGUUGAUUAGGGAUCAUGACAAUUCGAAAUUUUCAGUUUUUUGAUUUAACUGUUGAAACAAAACCAAAAUAAGAUAAUGUAUUAACAUUGGAAAAUACUCGAUAAGACAAUAGGUAUUGUGAAAGACCACAGUUGAAUCUUAUAUUGAAAUUUUCUUAAAAGUUCAUCCUAGUCGUAUUUUGUAUAUUCUUGAAAGUGCAUAUGUCCUUUUUUGGAAAUAUCAAGUCUUAAUAAGUCGUCUACAAAAAUAUUUCAAAACCUUUAAGAAAAAAUAUAUAAUCGUAUUAGCAAUAAUUAACUAUUAUUUUAAUUUGUAUUUUAUAUUCUUCCAAACAAAUGUGUUCAGUAAUAUGAAAAGGUACCAUAUGUAUAUUGAAGAGGUAUGAGUUCUAGACUGCCAAAUAUUUGAUUAUUUCAACAUACAACAAGAUAUAUUAAUCGAAAUGAAAAUCUGAUGUUUAUUUCAAUUGAAGAUGACAAUGUUCUCCCUUGAAGUUAAUUGUUUGUUGAUAUAUUGAGUCAUAUUUCAAUGUUAUUUUUCUAAAGGAAAACAUAUCACCUGAAAAAAUUGAAAAAUAUGUUUGUAUAAGUAAAUGUCAUCUUUUAAUUUAUAGAUAAACAUUUUUGGAGUUUUAAUAUUUUUGAGGCCAGAUACAAGAUGUACAAAGAUAAAUUUAAACAUAUUUUCAUUAUACCCUAUGCUUAUAUUCUACUUGUGUACGGAAGGCCAGAUGGCUAAAAGAGGCUUCAAGACCUUUCUACAAGAAUAAGUUUAUUGACAGAAUGGUUCUGUUUAAUCCUCAUUUUCUGCAGAUCUGAAGAUAAAAUGAAAUUAUUUGCAUUGUUUAAAUGGAAUUUCGUUUCUCAUUUUAUGUAUUUGAAUUUUAAAAUUUUUACUAUGUAUUAUGUUUUUUAAACUAAACUGUUACUCGUGUUUUAUUAUAUACAGUGAUUUAAUAAUUUAUAUUGAACUGGAAUUAACAAGUACGUAAGUACGCUUGCUGUGCCUUUUGUAGUGUAGUGUAGACCUAAGUAGGAAUGUAAUCAGAUAUUUUGAGAGUCCCAAAUAUAUUCAUAAUUAAAUUUA